CUGCGGCAGCUGCUGGCAGCUGGCGCAUCUAUCGAGGGGAGCGACAGGCACGGGCACGUCGCCUUGCACUGGGCUGCCGCCUGCGGCCGGGAGGGGUGCGUGGCGGCGCUGGUGGCGGCUGGCGCCGACCUGGAGCGCAGCGACUGCAACGGCCUGACGGCCAUGCAGCUGGCGGCGGGAAAGGGCCAAGUGGCGUGCAUGGAGGCGCUUGCGGCGGCCGGGGCCAGCCUGGGUGCAGCCGACAGGGUUGGCAACUCGGCGCUGCACAUUGCCGCGUGCAACGGCCACCUGGCGGCCAUUCGCUGGCUGGUGGCUGCUGACCCCAGCCCGGCA